CGUAUGUUGUUAUUGUGUUUUCCGCACGGCCCUCGAACAAAGUAAACAAAUGUAUAAAUGCAUGUGUUUUUGGCGAGCUUGUAACUUUUAGUAAAUCGACGCGCGGGACGACGACAUCGUCAUAAAGCCGUGAGCUCCCAUUCGGCGGGGCCAAGCGUAUAUUUAACUUUUGAAAUACCCAAACGAAAUAAAAGUGAAUCCGAGCAAUUACUGCGGAGUAAAACGGGUGCCAAUGAUCGCUACUACGCAAUAGAAAAGUAAUUUAUCAAACAAUUUUACCACCACACAAAAACCAAUUUGAACAAAACCGAAAGUUUUGGGUUUAAUUGCCCGUACCCAUCAUAAAAUUGAUAAGAGCACGUUAACCCGUUUCAGCUGCAUGCUAAAUUACGCUGGCUCAAGUCGACGCACACGGCACAUAUUCCUUCAAGAUUCACUGGACAUGAACAAGCGGUAGUGACUAAAGAAAUACAGUUCCCGCAAGACAAAGCCUUAUAAAUAUCCGUAGUAAGGUAGCCAAAAUGACCACCAACAGCAGCUUCUUCGACGAACAUUUCGCCAUGAUAUACUCCAACCUUAUGGAUCAGUACAUGCCUGAGUACUUUAAAAGCUUCGAGUACACACCAUGGGUUUUCUCCCUGUUGGGAUCGGUGGUCAUCGGUUUGAGUGGCAUAUUCCCUCUGAUAAUCAUACCCACAGAGGAAAAAAUGGCAAAAGAGGGAUACAAAGAUCCUGCAGAAUCAAAACUCCUGCGAGUCCUCCUAAGUUUCGCAGUCGGUGGUCUUCUAGGUGAUGUAUUCCUCCACUUACUGCCAGAAGCCUGGGAAGGUGAUAAUCAAGAUCCAUCUAGUCACCCGUCUUUGCGCUCCGGACUUUGGGUCCUUUCCGGCAUUCUCAUCUUCACAAUAGUGGAAAAAAUAUUUUCCGGAUAUGCCAGCGCGGACGAAGAGAAUCCUCAGCCCAAGUGUGUGGAGAUAGCGAACUGUCUGUUGCGUCGACAUGGAGGACAGUUGCCAGAGGGAGAAACGGCCGAGAGUUGUGGUGGUGCCUGCGAUAUCGAAGAUGUAGAUAAAGUUUGUUUCCUUCGGGAAAGGGAAUUGAAGUCUAAGGAAAAAAAGGAACAGCCAAAGAAGGUGGCUGGUUAUCUGAACCUCCUGGCCAACUCAAUUGAUAAUUUUACACAUGGCUUAGCAGUGGCUGGAUCCUUUUUGGUCUCCUUUAGACAUGGAGUCCUGGCUACAUUUGCAAUAUUGUUACAUGAAAUUCCACACGAAGUGGGGGAUUUCGCCAUCCUCCUUCGAUCCGGGUUCAGCCGCUGGGACGCCGCACGAGCCCAGCUUCUGACGGCGGGCGCUGGCCUACUCGGUGCCCUGGUGGCCAUCGGAGGCUCCGGAGUAACGUCGGCCAUGGAGGCACGUACUUCGUGGAUUAUGCCGUUCACUGCCGGCGGCUUUCUGCACAUUGCUCUGGUCACAGUAUUACCUGAUCUCUUGAAGGAAGAGGAACGGAAGGAGUCCAUUAAGCAGCUGCUAGCACUGAUAUUUGGCAUUGCGUUAAUGGCCGUGAUGACCAUGCUAUUCGAACAUUAGGAACUUUAGUUCAUAUCAGUAUAAGAAGAAAAUUUAACCACAAUUUUAGUUUUCCCGAAAGAUUGUCAUUGGCAGUUCCAAAUUUAUAUGAAUUUGUUGUACUUUACGGGAUUCUACAUCCUGCCUGCGUUAUGUAAUUAUAGCUAAUAUGAAUGAUAUUUAAACUAUUGUUAAUAAUAUCGUAUUACUGUAUCAUACUUAUGAAAAGAAAAUUGAAUAGACAUUUAAUUAAGGGAGAGUCCUUAACUCUCUAUUAUCAACGAAAAA